UGUUUGUGUGAGAGAGAGUUUUAUUUUAUCAUCCAUGGAUUCAACACAAAAAAACCAACCACAUGUGGUGUGCAUACCAUUCCCAGCACAAGGUCACAUUAACCCAAUGUUAAAACUUGCUAAAAUCCUCCAUUCCAAAGGCUUCUUUAUCACCUUUGUCAACACCGAGUUUAGCCACCAACGCCUUCUCCGAACACUGGGCUCCGCCGUCCUACACGAUCUCCCUUCCUUCCACUUUGAGACCAUUUCUGACAGUCUUCCACCACCCGAAAACCCGGAAGCCACUCAGGAUACUACAUCUACUCUCAAAUCCCUGCAUGAAAAUAGUUUGGGUCCAUUUAAAAGUGUCCUCUAUAAAGCGAGUACCCUUUAUUCACCGGUGACUUGCAUCGUGGCCGACUUCCUUAUGGGUUUCACCCUCCCUGCCGCCGAGGAGUUAGAUAUUCCGGGAAUUCUAUUCUGGACCUCUGGGGCUGGUUCUCUCAUAUGUUAUGAUCACUACCCCACUCUUAUACAAAAGGGUCUGAUGCCCCUCAAAGAUGCUAGUUAUUUAGUAAAUGGGUAUUUGGAUACGGUUGUUGAUUUUAUCCCUACCAUGCCCGGUAUACGUCUAAAGGACAUUCCACCUUUUGUUAGAGUUAUCCAUCCUGGUGACGAGUUUUUGGUUGGAUUUUCACAAAGGGAAAUAGAGAGAGCGAAAUCAGCAUCGGCCAUUAUUUUCAACACUUUUGAUGAGCUAGAAUAUGAUAUUCUAGACACACUCUCUUUAAUGUUCCCUUUUUGCUAUGGUAUUGGUCCUUUGUGUCUGCUUGAGAACAAUAUUAGUGAUAAGUCUCUAGAUUCCAUCAAAUCAAAUUUGUGGGUAGAAGAUCCUAAUUGUUUAAAAUGGUUAGAUGCCAAAGAGCCAUUAUCGGUUAUUUAUGUAAAUUUUGGUAGUGUCGUUGUGAUGACACCUCAACAACUAGUCGAGUUUUGUUGGGGACUUGCUAAGAGCAAUUAUUCAUUCUUGUGGAUAAUACGACCUGACCUUGUGAUUGGUGAUUCUGCUGUGCUUCCGCCGGAGUUUUUGGCGAAGACAAGCAAUAGAGGGUUAUUGGCUAGUUGGUGCCCCCAAGAACAAGUUCUAAAUCACCUAUCAAUAGGGGGGUUUUUAAUGCACAGUGGAUGGAAUUCGACGAUCGAAAGUAUUUCUAGCGGAGUCCCAAUGAUUUGUUGGCCGUUUUUCGCUGACCAACAACCGAAUUGCUGGUGGAGUUGCAACAAGUGGAUGAUUGCCAUGGAGAUUGACAACGAUGUAAAGAGUGAUGAAGUUUCGAAGCUAGUGAUCGAGUUGAUGAGUGGAGAAAGGGGAAAUGAGAUGAGAAAGAACGCCAUUGCUUGGAAGAACAAGGCUAAGGAGGCAUGCACCUUUCCAUCUGGUUCAUCAGUGGUUAAUCUGGAUAAACUGAUCCAUCUGUUACAAAGUUCUCCAAAAUAGUUCAUAGUACGUAUGUUUUUGAUGCAUGGAUUUUUAUCUUCUGUGUGCCUCACAAUUUCUCAAAAUGAAUUUUAUUUUGUGUGCCUAAUACAUAUUGCUUUUUUUUAA